AUGAUUUGCAAAAGCUGCCGCACGACGAUGUUGACCCGGCUCAACCAGCAGCCUGUGAUCAGGACGGCCUCCGCAUGCGCGCGCCAGCUGCCUCUCGUUCGCAGCCAAUUCCGUUCCUACAGCAGCGGUGGCAACCCCCCUGUGGCUGCCGCUCCUUCUCCAUCCUCUCCCCGCCAGCCCACUGUUGGCGAUCUCACAACCCCGUCCGCCAUCUCCUCCGCUACCCCCGGCGUUUCUCAGCCUUUGAGCACUCCCGAAGGCGUCCACACCGAUGUCAACCCCGGUGCUUCCACAAAACCCACUGCCGUCCGCCCACCAAGCAGCUGCCCCGCCGGUACCAAAUUGAACGGACUCAACUACUUCAAGAACAAGCCGGAUGUCUUCGCCAAGGAAGACUCCGAGUACCCAGAAUGGCUAUGGAAUCUCUUGGGAGAUGCCACCAAGGAUGCAAAGACUCAACAAGGCGGCGUUGACCCCAGCACCUUGAACAAGAAGCAACGAAAGCGUUAUGAGAAGAAGCUGGCUGCUCGUACCGGUCCCCUCGCCGCUCAGGUCCCGGCCCACCACCACUCCCACGAUAUCACCCCUGCUUCCUACAACCGCGACGGAACUCCAACAGAUGUUAUGGCCGAUGCCGCCUCUGGGUUCGAGCAGCGCGAGGAAGUUGUCAGGAGUGCACGCAACGCCAGACGAAAGGCCAUUAAGGAGUCCAACUUCUUGCGUGGUCUGUAA